UUUUUUUUAUCAACAACCGAUUAAAAUCGACGAUUUACCGGUGCUCAACCGGCGAGAGCCGGGCCUAUAUCCGCAUGAACCGGUGUGAACCACGUAUAAAAUAAAAACACACGCGGUUACCCGUGCGGUUUAGCGGGUCUACAUUCGUGUUUGGGAAGGAUUUUUUAAAUAAAACUGCUUAUAAAGAAAAAGAGGUAUAUAUUAAAACUAUUCCUAUAACAUCCUAUUUCAUCCUGUUUGCAUCUUUUUUCUAGUCUUGGAGUUGAACGAGUCGACCAUGAUGUAUACGCUGAUGCGUGGUCGUCUUAACAUCCUUAUAUAUAUGUGUGUAUGUGUGUUUUGUAGGUAUUGAAAAAACCCCCGAGAAAAGUAACAGAUUCAAUGACUGAUCGACGUUUAAUCUUCAAUAUGGGCACAAGUGCUGCUGUUAUCGUUAUUGGAACAUUAUGCGUAUUUUAUGCAGAGAUGAGAGAUGGAAAAGUGACCCCACGAGAUACGACAAUGACAUUUAUUUGUUUUGUUUUCUUUGACAUGUUCAAUGCAUUGAGUUGCCGUUCUCAAACAAAGUUCAUUUUCGAAACUGGCUUAUUUUCCAAUAAAUUUUUUGUUGUUGCAGUUCCACUAUCCAUUAUUGGACAAUUCGCUGUUAUUUAUGUACCACCAUUACAAUUCAUAUUUCAGACAGAAGCUCUCAGUGCUAAGGUGCAAAAGGUGGACCUGUAUACGGAAAAAUACUGA